AUGUCAUCAUCUUCUUCUUCACAAUAUAAUUCAUCACAAACAUCUAAUUGCGAAUGGACAAUAAAUGUAUCAAAUUGUUUCGGUCAAGAAUAUUUUCAAGUGGUAUAUGGAGUAACAACUUAUUUAUCACUUUUUAUAUUCUUAUGUUCUAUAUGGUUAUUAUCAUGGCGUCUUUAUAGUAGACCGGAUACAAAAUUAUUUAGAAUAAAAGGUUUUUUAACGUUAGAAGGUUAUUUACUCAUACAAAUAUUUUGGGGUGGUGCUCGGGUCUUCAGUUGUGUUAUAUUAAUAUAUAACUUAUUCCCAGAACAAUGGAUAGUACGUGAAGUAGUGUCGGAUUUUUCAUGGUUCCUUGGAUUAGUUUCUGUCGUAACAUAUCUAGCGGGAGUAUUACGUACAAUUCCACGCAUGUAUUUCUAUAGACAGAAUCCACAUUAUAAACACGCUUUACACCUUCCAAAUUUACGUGGUAUAGCUGGUGUAUACAUUUCUUAUAUUUUAGUACUUGGUGUGAUUAGAGUUACUUGUGCCGUGUUUUCGGGUUAUUUUCGUCAAUUUCCAACUAGUAAUUCUAAUGAAAUGAUUAGCAUUAUUAAGUCCAUAUAUUAUUGCACUUGUUCUAUAAGUGCUAUUAUAGUAGCUAUUGGAUUUUUAGUUUAUGGAAAUAAAUUGGUUGGAAUUGCUAGUGAAGGUUUACAUUUAUUAGAAGGUGUUAGCGGUUAUCCUUCAAGAAAUUCUCGAUCUCGUAAUACUCAAAGCAAUUUUACUAUGGGUGCUGAAUUGGAAAUAAAACACAGAAAAUUGCAACGUUCCGUAAGAAAGAUGCGUUUAAUAAAUUCAGCGUUUAUUCUAAGCUUUGUAGCUUUGGGUAUUAUCUUUGGGGUAUACGCCUUCUUGAGCGACAAGAUCAUAAAUAAUAUCGAAACUAGCAAAGUAUUAGCUUCUGUUACAAAUUGGAUGCCCAUGAUAUUAAACAUCUUUGUAAUGGCUGGAAUCGCCUAUGGUGAGAUGCGAGUACCUGAUAAAUCAGAACCACGAUUGGAAAAUAUAAUAAUUCCAACAUUAUCAAACUCAAUAUCUGACGCUUCACAAUCUCCAAUUAUGGAACAAGUAUAUUCAGACGCGGAAAGUUUAUACCAUUCACGUGAGAAUUCUACGGAUUCUGAUGUUCCUUUGUUACGUUGGCCCGCUCCUGUUGUUACAGCUUCAACUCGUAGAGGUUCGGCACAAUUAGAUUCUCCUAUAAGUAUUACAUCACCUACAUCAGGAAGUUUUGCAUCUACUUCUCCACCACAAUCUCCAUUUUCUCCACCACAUAUUUAUACUUCACAUGCUUCUACAUCACAUACUUCUACACAUACUUCUAUACCACAUUUGCCUACACUAUAUACGACUAAUCCACAUGCGUCAACAUCAGAUAAUGAUGAUACAUCAACGUCCGCUUUUCCUUAA